UAGAUAGAUAGGUGGAGGAUUCGGAUCAGUUUCACCAUUCAUACACAGACCUGACAAGCAACAGGUUCUGAAGCCAAUCCUUCUGCCUUAAACCAACACUCAUAAAAAGAUCUGAUUCAGCAAGGAUGCUUCUGAUACUUUUAUUUUCUGGUUGUGUCUCAUCAUACCCCUUCAAUUACCAGAACCAAGCUUCUUUCCAGGAUGAUGGUGGAUUCAAUAUACUGGAAAACCUUGGCCACGAAUUCCCUCUAGAAUACUAUCAAGAGGCAGAUCUACCAGUAAACCUCUACCAUGAUCUCCCGGAGUCCAGUCUCUACCACGACCUCUCUGAGUCCAACCUGUACAGAGAUCUCCCAAGCCCAGCGGAGUCCAACAUGCCACUAAAUCCGUAUUCGGAGUUAAACUGGAGGGAUCUAGACACUCAGGUUUUAGAAGAACAGCCAAUUUACAGAGAUGUCAUGGAAGCUUUCCUUGCGGAAAAGAGCUUGGAUGCUGGAGAGCUUCCUUGGUACACUGAAACAAGAGACACAGAAGAUUUGGAGGAAGAAAACUUUUGGCCUGUUGAUCAAAACAGUAACAAGAACGAUGAACCCACAAAUGAUGAUCUCAAGGUUGAAUCUGAACUAAAAAGAAUGAUUGAUACCAAGCGAAGCGACGAACAGUUUGAAUCGUAUCUCCUAAAAAAGAAUCCUGUAAUCUCAACAAGAAAAAAUACAAAAUCUCCCAACGCCAACAAACGGAAAGAAACCGCCUCAGAGAACAAGGAAUCCGUGUUUCCUCCGGAGAAACGAGGAAUGCCGGAGGAGCCGAUUUUCCGACCUGGGGCUGCCUCCGAUCCCGUGGUCAAGCCAAGAUCCUCUCCAAUUUCCUCCGACAUGAAAAGCAGAUCAAAGCGAUCCCUCCUAAAGCCAGUUCCCUUCUUCCCAAAUCAAGAUUGAUUUCAUAAAGUAGAAGAAAACUAUUUCUCAAGAUUGUUAAAAUAGAUCUUCCCCCAUUGCCGCUCUCCUGGAUACCGUAACUCAGUUAUUUUUUUACUUAUAUUGGCGUUGAUUUUAUCUUAAAAUAUCUCAAAAUAUCUAUAAAUAUCUAUAAAGUUGAAGCAUCCACGGUGUGUGUUGGUAAUAGUUUGAUUUAAAAUCCAUGGUUGGUAAAUUUACUAGUGAUACGUAUUUAUUUAUAACCAAUAGAAGCAUUGAAUCAAGCCCAAAAACCGAUAACUCGCAUCAUUCUCUAAAAAUGUAAUCCUUUUAUGACCUAUGGAUAAAAACAACCAAGAUAAGAAUCAUCAAGGUUUUACACCCAUCAGGUUACGAAGAUAUAAGAAUAACAUAAUUAGAGUUUGAAGCGAGAUAAUCAACUCUUUUUGGCGCAAACAAUCUUGCCUGAAAACUGGUUCUGACUGUGUCGAGCUAUUGUAUUUUCCACUCAAAGAUUCAUCAUGUUACAAAUAAUCACAGUAAUAUGAUUAUAUUUAUGUCGACCAUUUUGUAAUUUAUGCUAAUAAAACAACUUAUAAAGUAACCUCACUUUUUAACCUUUUCUGCUCCCACGAAAUAUAUAUACUGUUGCAACUUUAA